UUUUUUUUUUUUAUUAUUAUUUCAAGGAUGUUCAUUACCUAUUAGGCCAAAUUAUAAAAAAGCCCAAGUAGAAAAUAAUAAUGUGGAAAUUAAAUAUCCACCACCUACACCUGUUGCCCCUGUAUCAUCAGGAGGACCAUUACAGCCAAUAUCAAAACUGUCUGUUUCACAGCUUCCUGCUCCAGCACGACGAUGUUCUAAUGUGGUUAAAGAAGUUGAUAAAAUCAAAAAACAACGGGAGGAAAGGAGAGCUCGUCAAGCAGAGAAGAAAGCCGAACAAAUGAAUACCGAUCCUGGCAAUCCAAACUGGGAAUUUAUGAGCAUGAUUAAAGAAUACUGUAGUCAGCUUGAAUAUAAGCCUAUUAGUAUCACUGAUCCAAUCCAACCUCUUCAAAUUUGUGUUGCAGUAAGAAAAAGGCCUAUGAAUAAAAAAGAGCAGCUAAAGAAAGAAGUUGAUGUAGUAACAGUCCCUAACAAAGAGCAUAUAGUUGUCCAUGAACCUAAGCACAAAGUAGAUUUAACAAAAUAUUUAGAAAAUCAAUUAUUUCGAUUCGAUUAUGCAUUUGAUGAAAAUGCAGACAACGAAAUUGUAUACAGGUUUACGGCUAGACCUCUGGUUCAGACUUUGUUUGAAGGAGGUAUGGCUACAUGUUUUGCAUAUGGGCAAACUGGUAGUGGAAAAACACAUACAAUGGCAGGUGAUUUUAUUACUAAAUCAUCUCAAGACUGUAGCAAAGGCAUUUAUGCUUUAUCAACUCGAGAAGUAUUCAGUCUUCUCAACAGUCCACAAUAUAAGCAUGAAGGCUUUACUGUCGGCUGUAGUUUUUUUGAAAUUUAUAGUGGCAAGGUCUUUGAUUUGCUUAAUAAUAAAGCAAAACUACGUGUUCUCGAAGAUGGAAAACAGCAAGUUCAAAUUGUAGGCUUAAGAGAAAAAGAAGUUAACACUGUAGAAAGUGUCCUAGAUCUCAUUAGUCAUGGUAAUAGCGUUCGAACAUCUGGUCAGACAUCCGCAAAUCAACAUUCAUCAAGAUCACAUGCAGUGUUUCAGAUCAACUUAAAAAGACCCAAUGGUCGAGUUCAUGGAAAAUUUUCUUUAAUUGAUCUGGCUGGAAAUGAACGGGGGGCCGAUACGUCUAGCGCUAAUCGGCAAACAAGAAUGGAAGGUGCUGAAAUCAAUAAAAGUUUGUUAGCGUUAAAGGAAUGCAUCAGAGCAUUAGGUAGGAAAGGUGCUCACCUUCCUUUUCGAGCAAGUAAACUAACUCAGGUUUUGAGAGAUUCAUUUAUUGGUGACAAUUCUCGGACUUGCAUGAUUGCUAUGAUAUCUCCUGGAAUGAAUUCAUGUGAGCAUUCUCUGAAUACAUUACGAUAUGCUGAUAGAGUUAAGGAGCUGGGUGUUGAAAAUCCAGAGUUGAAAACAGCAAAUGGUGAACAAAAUGACGAAAAUAAUGACUUAGCUCUCCUGUGUUCCUCCAAUGAAGGUGAAUUAUCAGCUGAUCUAUAUUCAUUUCAUGAAGCAAUAUCCCAUGUACAAGAAAUGGAGGAGGAAGUCCUUGAUUCUCAUAAAGCUGUGAUAGAAGCCUCAGAAAAAUGGUUUAGAAGGGAUAAUGUGCUACUAUCUAUGUCUAAUGAUGUUGACUAUGAUGUUGAUUCGUAUGCUCAACAACUGGAAACUCUUAUAGCAGAAAAAAUUGAUGUCUUGUCAAAAUUAAGUGAAAAAGUAUCUAUUUUUCGUCAACAAUUAGCUGAAGAAGAAAAAAUUAGUAAAACAAUGAAGAAAAAAUGAAGUUUUUAAGUUGUGGACUCCUCUUAUCCAUCUGUCAAUUUACAGAAAAAAAAAGGUCUGGGAUAUAAACAGUCUCUGCACUUAUAGGUUUGUAGGUAACUGCCUACCUCAGCCUAGUCAACUUUGUGCCUCUAUGUAUAUAAAUCAACAUGCUUUGACUUACAUGACUUUACUGUAUCAUCCUCAACUCUUCUGAGUUUGCUGGAGAAUGGGAAAACUUCCUAUAUCACACAUGGAAAAUUCUGCUCCUGGCAAAAGAAAACUUUUAUAAUUUGAGUGGAAUCUAAUUUUAAACAUUUUUUUACUUACAAACGUUGCUUCCAUUUUUUAGUUCUGUAUAAACUAGCUGUGUGUAUAAAUAAAACCAAAAGUAGUUGUAUAAUUUUUAUUAUUUUUGUCUGCAGAUGCAAUAUUUUUUAUUGUGAGUUUGCUGUAUGCUUGCUUGUAGAAAUAUGAAGUAAAUUUAAAAGUAAUCAAUUUUAAAGUUUUAUUUUGAAAGUAGUUUGAAAUAUUUUGCUUUCUAUUAAAAUAAUCUAUCUCAUCUGUGAUGCCUAAAAUUAUAUUGUAAUUUGUUGUGCCUAAAUUGUAAAGGCAAUGAUGCUUACAACAGAAAGCUUACGUGUAGGCUUGCCUUGCAAAUUGUAAAUUAAAAUAGUUGUAAGAUUUUGUGUCUAAAAGAAGAUAAAAUAAAUGCUUUAUAUUUUAAUUAAAUUUGAUUUGUACAAGUGAUAUGAUGAUACUUUAUUAAUGCUUAUUAUCCUUUCAAAUAUUGUAAGUUCCUGUUUUACUUAAUAUUUUAUAACAAAGUUAAUUCAAAUAAUUUGAAUAAAAAUUAUUACAUUGUACAAAAUUGGAAUUCUUUUGUUCAGUUGUACCAACUAGCUUUACUCUUUUUUUGUGUCAGUGCCAAUUCAGUUUAGUCUUGGCUUUGGGAAUAUUUCAUACUAAUGCAGGACUUAAAAACUAGAAUAAAGUAUGGUAUUUAAGUUAGUUUGUGCUUGUAUUGAAUAAUUUUAUUUUUAUUUGUCUGUGUGUCUAAAUUAUUGCAUUAUUAAUUUAUUGAACUUUUUAUAUAUUUUUACUUUUUCUGUGACUAGUAAUUUGCUCAGAAUUUUUCUCCCUUAAUUUCUUCAUUCUAAUUUAUGAAUUUUUUUAUUAUUAUCCAUGUUUGUAAAACCUUUUAUGUGUAUUCUAAUGAAAUUUCAAAAUUGAAGGUUUUGGACAGAUGUCUUUCUAUACCUGCCAAAUUACAAAAAAUUGUUAUGUUCAUAAAUUUCUUUUUAGCCUUGAGUUGUAUUCACUGUGAGUUAUAAUACAAAUAUUAGAUUUCACGAACAAAUUAAAAAAUUAAUUGCAAGAGGCCUUUUGAAACUUUUUAGGUAUAUUGUGAGAACAAAUUUUAUUAUUUUAAUUUAAUUAAUUUAUAUUACUUACAAAAUGAAUCUCUGUUCAAUUUGAUAAUAAAAUGUAACAAAGAAAACUAAUGAAGGAAUUGCAGUUAUUCUGUGAAAUUGCUUGUAUUAUUAUUCAAAUACACGCUUUCUUUAUUAUCUGCAAUAAAAUCUUAAUUAUAGAAUUAAAGAAUACAAAAGUGCAUGAACAAUGAUAAGUACUGUUCCUUAUGUUAAAAAUAACACAAAAUACUCUCACUUUUUUUUUUAUUUCAACCAAUGCUGAUUUUUUUAAUGAUAUAAUAUAGUGAUGAUCAACUGACAACCUGUGGCUUGACUUUAAAAAAAAUGUUAUUGACCAAGGAUUUUGAACCAUAAACAUUUUAAAUUUCUUAAAACAAUCUUUAGAACUUAAAUAUUAUUAAUAAAAGCUGAUUAGUGAUUUAUUUUUUGCAUGAACACCUACACCAUUCUCAUUAACUUGCAUCCAUAAGGUUUAAAGGCAAACAUUUUUAUAAAGAAAUAUAUUCAAAUAGUAUACUGAAUUCCUUUGUGUAAUUUUUCUUUUGAUUUAUUAUUCUGUAUGCAAAACUGUUUUCAGAAAUGAUAGUAUUUGAAAUAACAAGUGUUUAUUAUUUUAGAACAUGCCCUUUUGAUAUUUGCUUCAUAUAUUUGUGUCUGUAAGAAAAAUCAAGAAUAGUGAUGUAUGCUACUGUUGCCAUAAAAUCGCCAAAAGAAUUUUCA